AUGGCGGAGAACAAACGGCCCUACUCGGAAGAGCCAAAUCGAGACGAGAAAGCCGCCGCGCGGAAUCUUAUUCCAGCUCACAAUGCCGAUAUUGCGGCUCGAAGGCCCGGUGAUGAGAUUAAGAAUCCCUUGAGCACGGCGAACCUCACUACUGCAAGUCCCAGCACUAUGGGAGACUAUGGCGAACUGCGCAAAGAGUUUUUAUCGCGCGAGAAGGCGCUGGACUUUGAUUACAACUGCCAGCAAAGGGGCACACCAGAUGAACGGCUUGCUGAUGCCAUCAUUCAAAGGCUGAAAGCCCAGGAUGAGGCCAAUGUCUACGGGAAAGCUCAUCCUAGGACGGGUUAUGGGGGCCAACCUCACCCUAGGUUUGCCGGCGACCAUUUCCUAUCCAACAGGGAGCUUAUUGAACAAACGGCUUUAUUUCGAGUCGCUCGGCGCAUGCCCAAGGGUGGCCACUUGCACAUCCACUUCAAUGCUUGCCUGCCGCCUCAAGUGCUGUUAGACAUCGCAAAGGGCAUGGACCGCAUGUUCAUCAUGAGCAAUAUGCCCCUCAUCUCGGACAACGGCUGCGGAAACUUUGAUCGGUGUGAGUUCCAAUUUCAGCUCAGGAGCCCGGAAAAGGAGUCUCCGGGCGACUUGUUCUCCGUUGCAUACCAGCCUGGACAGACCAUGAAGUUUCGAGACUUCAUGGAGCGGUUUCCCGGGUAUUAUGACAAGGCUACUGUCGAUGACUGGUUAUUGGAUAAGCUCAUGUUUCAUGAGGAAGAGGCGCAUAAUUACCUGCAGACAGCAUCCGGGGCAUGGGCAAAGUUCAACGGGCGAACGAGAAUGAUGAAGGGCUUGUUUAACUACGAAACAGCAUACAAGGCAUACACAAGGCGAUUACUCGAGAACUUUAUGGAUGACAACAUCACUUAUGCUGAGAUCCGACCCAAAUUUAUGAUGAGCAACCAGCUAUGGAAGGACAACGGCACGGAGCGCACCAACAACGAGGGUUUCGACCUCGUAGGUGAAGAGUCCAAGGGGCGGCCCAUCAAGGACUUUGCUCCAAAGCUUCUUGCGUUCCAGGAGAAGUGUGCGGAUCAAGGCGUGGAGAUCCCAUUCCUCUUCCACUGCGGCGAGACCUUGGACAUGGGCAAAGAUACGGACGGCAACUUGGUCGAUGCGCUGCUCCUCAAGUCGAAACGAGUCGGGCGUGGGUUUGCGCUGGCGAAACACCCGUACAUCAUGCAGCACAUGAAGGACUCUGAUAAUGGGACGCUGUUUCGGUCGACUCUAUCACACGACUUCUACCAGGUCAUGGUGGGCAAGGCUGAUAUGGGCCUGUUCGGCUGGAAGCAGCUUAUCCUAUGGAGUCUGGAGCACGCCUGCCUCUUUGGCGCCGAAUACGACCGUGUUUAUUCGCAGUGGGAGCAGGAGUGGGUCAAGUUUGUCGAGUGGGUGAUUAGGGAGUAUGGCAACGACUACGAGCGAGAUUGCUUAGGCUAG